UAAUUACCGUUUAAUCUAUGCAACUGUCUACGUCAGCUGCGGCAUCUUUUGACAUUAUGGAAUUUUGUACUCGUUAAAAUGAAUAUCGAGACCUUUUUAAAAUUGAUGGGUACAACGUAUUGAAAACACGGAUACCGUUCAUUUCGAAUGAAUUAAACAAUGGACUCAACAAAGCUAGAAAUGUAUGAGGGUGACACGGGCUCUCCGGGAUCCUAUGUCGAGGGAGAAAUGGAAGUGCCCGCCGGCAGUACUAGAAGUGGGCAAAUCGGUCAACCUGAUUUUAACACAUUGGACGAACCAAUCAGGGCGACUGUACUUAGAGACCUUAAAGCUGUAGGUACUAAAUUCGGGCAUGUGUUGUUCCCGAAAGAGAAGAAAACGUUACUUAAAGAAUGGGACUUGUGGGGUCCUCUUAUGUUAUGCACCUUUAUGGCUAUGAUUUUGCAAGGAUCAGGUAGUGCUGAUGAUGUGAAUGAUGGGGGUCCGGAAUUUGCUGAAGUGUUUGUCAUUGUUUGGGUCGGCUCUAUGAUUGUCACCUUAAAUUCGAAAUUGUUAGGCGGCAAUAUAUCAUUUUUUCAAAGUGUCUGCGUUUUGGGCUAUUGUUUACUACCCACUACCAUAGCGUUAAUAAUCUGUAGGAUAAUUUUAUUAGCAGAGAGCAGUGAUCUACUGUUCUUUAUCAGAUUUACUGUGUCAAUGGUUGGAUUUGUCUGGGCCACAUAUGCUUCAACAGUAUUUCUAGGUGAUAGUCAAAAGUCUGGUAGGAAAGUUCUGGCUGUAUACCCUAUCGGACUGUUUUAUUUUAUUAUAUCUUGGUUGGUUAUAUCCCACACAACAAAUUAGAUUUGAAAAGUGCAUGUAAAUAAUCCUAUUACCUCUAUUGUGAUUUAACGUUAAUUCCAUUUAAAUAUUGCUAUCCUGUAAACGUUUUGGAACAAUAAAUUUUUUUGAAU